GAGACUCACACGAAAACCCAGCCAACACCACAGUCCCCUCCCCUUCCCCUCCUACACACAAUACCUGACCUCCCCCUCCGUGCCUUCCACAGAAACCUAUCAACAUGCUGCGUUUCCUCCUCAUCUCGUGCCUCUUCGGCCUGUACCUCGCCGCCCCGCAGUCGCUGGAGGUGGAGUUCAGCCUCGGCGGCGAAACGAACCUGAUGAGCGUCGUGGUGGACCGCGACAACAACGCCAUCUUCUACCACGUGGACGAGACCGAGUACUUCGAGGCCGUGCAGCUGCUGCAGGACUACGACACGGGCUACGCGGCCACCAAGGUGGAAUCCGAGGAUGCUUGCUUCGUGAAGGAGCUGGAUAAGACCCUGGAGGAGCAAGUGGACGAGCUCGUCAACAAAGGAAACUACACCAUCACCGAGUCCGUCAACACAACCGCCAUCCCACUUGACGACGACGAGCAGAGCGACGUCGGCGACCGUGUCCUGGCCUUCUGCGACGGUCUCCCUGUCUACCAGCUGAUUUUCGACGACGAUGCAAGCGCUCUCCGCGAUGACUCUUCCAGCGAGGAGGACAGCGACGAAAGCUCCGGCAGUGGAAGUGGAAGCGACAGUGAUGAGUCCGACAGUGGAAGUGGAAGCGACAGUGAUGAGUCCGACAGUGGAAGUGGAAGCGACAGUGAUGAGUCUGACAGUGGCAGCGACAGCGAUGAACCUGUAGAAAGUGCUACCGCCCCCGCCCUCAGAGAUUCCAGCGAAGAGGGUUCCAAUAGCGAGGAGGAGGCCGGCACAGCAUCGCCAGCCAACCGCCAAGUCUCUGUGGUCUUCAGGAAGUGCGUGUGGCUGUUCCUCGUCGCCAAGUGCUUCGUCACCACGCUCACCGUCCCCACAGGCGUCUCCAUCGUCUUCCCCUGGUUCUUCGGUUAAGCCCCGUGACCGACCCUUCCGCUGCCUGACCAAACAGAUGACGACCUAACGUUCACUAUAUACUUAAUUGGCUUCUUUUUGUUUUAGUCCCGAUGAUGUGCGCUAAGUUGAUUCAAUAAAAAGCAACAAAAUA